CAGGCGAGCCGCGGCCGGCGCGGGGCCUUGUGGGAGGGCUUGAGGAAGUAAAAUGGCGGACCUGGCGAACGAAGAAAAGCCUGCCAUUGCUCCGCCCGUCUUUGUGUUUCAGAAGGAUAAAGGACAAAAGUCCUCUGCAGAGCAAAAAGACUUGUCGGAUUCGGGAGAGGAGCCUCGGGGGGAGGCUGAGGCUCCCGACCGUGGCACAGGUCACCCCGAGUCAGCUGGUGAGCAUGCUCUAGAGCCUCCUGCCCCUGCUAGCGCUUCAGCCAGCACUCCUGAAGCCCAUCUUCCUCCUUUUCCACGAGAACUGGCAGGGAGGUCAGCUGGCGGCUCCAGCCCUGAAGGUGGAGAAGAUUCUGACCGAGAGGAUGGAAAUUACUGCCCUCCUGUCAAGCGAGAAAGGACGUCCUCUUUAACCCAGUUCCCACCUUCACAGUCAGUAUCAAAAAACAAUGUUUUUAUGCCAUCAACCUUCUGCGAGCCAUCUGCAGGCAAUUCUGACUCAGAACCAGAGGAAAAGAGCAGUGGGUUCCGGUUGAAGCCACCAACACUGAUCCAUGGCCAGGCACCCAGCGCAGGUCUGCCGAGCCAGAAGCCCAAGGAGCAGCAGCGGAGCGUGCUUCGCCCGGCAGUGUUACAAGCCCCGCAGCCUAAGGCCCUCUCACAGGCCGUCCCGGCCGGCAGCACCAAUGGGCUCAGUGUCCCAGCAGACUGCACGGGAACUGCGACAUCGACAUCGCCCAGCAUCCCCACACGGAGAAGUCCGCCGGACGAGGCAUCAGCCUCUGAGGAGAAGGAGCCCCAGAAAAAUGAGUCUAGCAAUACUUCUGAGGAGGACAACUGUGAGAGAAAAGAGCAAGUUGCACAGAAAGCGUUUGUGUUUGGGCAGAACUUGAGGGACAGAGUUAAGUUAAUAAAUGAGAGCACUGAAGCAGCUGACAUGGAGGAUGCCGGACACCCCAGCUCAGACACGCCAAGCGCCACCAACUACUUCCUUCAGUACAUCAGCUCCAGUUUAGAGAACUCGAACAAUAGUGCCGAUGCCACGAGUAACAAAUUCGUAUUUGGCCAGAACAUGAGCGAGCGCGUGUUGAGCCCACCCAAAUUAAAUGAGGUCACUUCAGAUGCCAACAGGGAAAACUCAGCUGUUGAGUCCGGGUCUGAGUCCUCGUCCCAGGAGGCCACCCCCGAGAAAGCUAAUAACAUUUCAGAGUCCCUGGCCGAAUCAGCAGCUGCCUACACCAAGGCAACGGCACGGAAGUGUUUGUUGGAAAAAGUGGAAGUCAUCACCGGGGAGGAGGCAGAGAGCAACGUGUUACAGAUCCAGUGUAAGCUGUUUGUCUUUGACAAGACCUCGCAGUCGUGGGUGGAGAGAGGCCGGGGGCUGCUCAGGCUCAACGACAUGGCAUCAGCCGACGACGGGACAUUACAGUCCCGACUAGUGAUGCGGACCCAGGGUAGCCUGCGGCUGAUCCUCAACACCAAGCUAUGGGCCCAGAUGCAGAUCGACAAGGCCAGUGAGAAGAGCAUUCGCAUCACGGCCAUGGAUACCGAGGACCAGGGUGUGAAGGUCUUCCUGAUCUCGGCCAGCUCCAAGGACACGGGCCAGCUGUACGCGGCCCUGCACCACCGCAUCCUGGCCCUGCGCAGCCGCGUGGAGCAGGAACAGGAGGUCAGAACACCUGCUCCUGAACCUGGCGUGGCCCCAUCCAAUGAGGAUGACAGUGACGAUGACGACGUCCUGGCUCCAUCGGGGGCCACAGGAGGCGGUGCUGGUGACGAAGGGGACGGGCAGACGGCCGGAAGCACAUAGCGCCGGGAGCUGGCCACCCAGGAGCCUGCUGCUUUGUCCGUCUGUCCACCCACCUGCCCGCCCCUCCCCGGCAGUGUUGAGGCGCGGGGCUUGGGAACCACACUCCCCGAUGGGUUGGCCGCAGUCCGGAUCCGCACGGCCCGUUCAGAAGCAGACUUGGGAACUGCCUGAAUGUGGUUUGGGACAUGAGACCUCAUCAUAUUGAUGAGCAAAACAAAAAGAACAUUUUUUCCCUCCCCCCUUUGAAUUGAAAUGGCACAUUAAGACUUGUCACGGCUUCUCCCUGGGACUGGGACGCCUGGUUUCUUCACCCCCUCAUGCCACCACACCUGUGGGCCCCUGCUGCCUGCCCAGCUCCCGGGUCUGCCCCCACAGUGUAAACGCUGGCUCUGCUGGGUAUUCUGCUAACUACUAUCUUUAUCUCAUUUACCCCCUUCUGAUUUGGGGUGUAUAUUUUCAAUUUUCCCCCCCAAAGGUUUGUUUUGGUUUCUUAGGUGAAGGCGCUCCUGUGUGUUGAGCAGGCACAGCUCGAGCAUCCUUGUCUCCCUCUGGUCACAGCCUGUGUGCUGGGGCCUUACUGGGGAGCAGGGGACAGGCCCCCACUUGUUCUCCACCUGGGGUUCCUCCAGGCUGUCAUGGGAUUUUGAGGGGCAGGCCUCAUGCCUGGAGAGAACUUACCCAGAAGAGGGUCGCUGGGCCUAGGAGGGUGCAAAGGGGCUGGUUUCCUAGAUCCUCUCACCCACUGCUGUAGGCCCAAGGGUGACAUCUUGGUGCGGGGGCCUGACCCCAGGGAUAGGGUGCCUUCCAGAGUGGGGACCUGACGGUGAGGCCACUGCUUCCCACAGGCACUGGGGACAAAGCCGGGAGCACACAGCACCCCUCCCCUCCUGCUCGUCCCCAUCACGUGGGUCACCUGGCACCAGGCACCUGCCUGCUUCCUGCUAUUGGCCAUUCCUUGCCCAGCCCUGGACAUCACUGCACCCAAGACCAUCCAGGGCUUGGGAUCUCCAUGACAGGCAGAGGAAGUCCCAAGCAGCGCCUUCUUGAGGAGGGGCAGGGGACUGGUUCCAGACAACAGGCCACCACCCCAGCACGCACAGGAGCGGGUGCCGUGCCCACCCACCCCAGAGCAGGGUCCAGAGCCCAGCUGGGCACCGCCUGCCUGCAAAGAAAGUCCCUGGGCACAGGGUCCUGAGGGAUUGCUGAAGAAAUUGCCCAGCCCCGCCCUCACAGGGAGGGGGAAGGCCGGGUGCCACAGCUCUGCCACCCACACCUUGGGGCGAGCGUGCGCAGCCUGAGCCUGAGCCGUGGGAAGACACCAAAGGCCCCCCAGCAGAUCUGGUCACACUUCUCUGCUUACGCCUUAGCCAAUUAGUGACAAGUAAAACCAGACAAUGCCCAUGUGUUUUGGAACAUUUAUGUAAGAUUGUCACAUGAAA